AUGGAAAAUCUCUCUACUUUGCUCAUGAUAGCUCUCCUCCUUUGCGCAGGCACGCUAACAUGCACCGCCCGUCGUGAACCGGCCGACUUCGCCUCAUUCACAAAAUCUCCGGCCGACAUACUUAGUCUGGAAAUGAUAGAAUCAAAACUACAUGAAGUGGCGGGAGAGAGCUGCGAAAAAUACGACGAUGAAGAUUGUUUGAUGAAAAUGAUGGCUCAUCUUGAUUAUAUCUAUACACAGAAGAAUAAUAAUCCUUAGAUUAAUAUUCUAAUCGUCGUCAACUGCAAAUCACUUCCACAUGUUAUAUAUGUGUAUAUAUAGAAUUAUUUAUUUAAUUCAAUUGAUUUUAAAGGAAAUGCCAAACUAUUUCCUUAUGUUGUGUAUU